CCGUCACGUCAGUCGCAGCUGUUCUAAAAAGCUUGCCGGUUUGCCGCAGAAGCGUCCGAUGCGUUUCUGGGACGAUAACAAUACUUUGGCGCGACCUUCGUCUCGCAUAACGGUAGUCGCACGCUGUAUCGCUGAUUGCAUCGCGUGAUAAAUGCGGAAUUUGCGCUGGUCCUCACGGCCUUUUCAUUCUUCCUUGCUGCAGUCUUCUCUCGGCUACCACGAUGUGCCUGCUGUUCGUCUACACUAAUCCCGACCCGGACGAUGACGAAUUCAGCUUGGUGCUGGUUAACGUCAGGGACGAGUUCUUCCAUCGUCCCACGAAGCCAGCGUCUUUCUGGGAGGAAGAUCCUAAUAUUGUCGGAGGCCAGGAUCAGGAGAAGGGCCGUGAAGGAGGCACGUGGAUGGCUGUGUCCAAGAGUGGCCGCAUUGCUGCGCUGCUCAACAUCCUCCAGCCAGCCCAUUGCGUGGAUCCAACAAAGCGCGGCCGAGGCUUCCUGGUGGUGGAUUUCAUUAAGUCUGCAGUGGAUGGGAACACGUACCUGACCAAACUGAUGAAGGAGAAGGACGAGUUCAACGGAUUUCUGUUUGUCGCCAUUGAGGCCAAGCCUCUUCAGAAGAAGAUUUCCAUGAGUUACUACAGCAACCUCCAAGAGGGCAAACCGGUGAAAACAGAGCCAGGCUUCUAUGCGUUUGGCAACAGCGUACCCCCACAGUUUUGGGCCAAGGUCAGAUAUGGCAAACAGAAGUUUGAGGAGCUCAUCAGGCAAAACAACCGGUUCUCUCAAAAGGAUAAACUUCUGAAGAAGAUAUACGAUUUCCUGGACGACCCAACGUCCUACCCAGUGGAUGACGCCAUGAGAAAGCAGUCACAAGAGCCUGAGUCAAACUUGAGGCUGAUGAACCAGAUGAAGUACAUCUUGCCCAACUACAAUUAUGGCACAAGGACACACACUGUUCUUUUUGUGAACGGUGCGGGCAAGGCCGAGUUUAUUGAGAAGACUAUGAAGGAGCCUAUCGACAUCCAGUCUAAAAUAGUGUGGGAGACAAGGACCUUCACCUUCGACAUUGCAUAAUUUGUGGAUAUUUGUUAGACACAAAAUUAGGUCACCGUUUUUUCGCUUGGAUGUGUUCCAGUGUACGUAGUUAUACUUAUCGUGUUUUACUUUUUUAGGUGGAAUUGCACACCUUUUUUUAGAUAUUGCUGAAUACUCUGGGAGGAUAUAAUAUAUGUGAUGUGUUGUAUGUGAAGCCGAGAGCCUGUGUUUAUAAAGAUCUUUGCUGUUAUGCUGGCAAUUAAAGAUUUUAUAAAUGCGUGUUGUUGAACUGGA